AUGAUUGUAGUAAAAUCUGAUGAUUUAAAAAAUGCUGAGUCAUUAUUUAUUGCAUCAAAAAAGAAAUCAUUAUCAAUGUAUGGAGCGUUGAUGAAGGGUUAUAUUAAAAAUAAUCAGGCAAAUAAAGCAUUGGACCUAUUCAAUAAAAUUGAUUCUCCUGAUCAAGUUAUUAUUAUUCUUUUAUUUAAUACUUGUGCUCUACUUGGAACAAAUGAAGCACUGAGUUUAGUUAAAAGAGCUUCAAAAGAAAUUCCCAAAUCAUUUUAUUCAAAUCCUCGUCUGUUAACGUCAUUAUUAGAUGCACUUAUAAAAUGUGGCGAUAUAAAACAUGCUGAAUUAUUAUUUGGUAGAUUAAGAACAAGAACUUUAUCAGUGUAUAAUGCAAUUAUAAACGGAUUCAAUAAAGAAAAGAAUCCUUCUAAGACAUUAGAUUUAUUUCAUCAAAUGAAAAUAAGUGGUCUUGAGCCAAAUUUUAUAACUUAUACUUGUGUUAUCAAAGCUUUAUCUCUAAGUGGUGAUUAUUCAUUAGCUCAAUCGGUUAUUGGGCAAAUUUCUAAUUCUGUUUUGAUUGAUAAUCAAAUUCAUAACCCAUUAAUUGAUAUGUGGGGUAAAACUGGAUGUGUCAAUAGAGCAAAAGAAAUUUUCAAGAAAAUUCAUCAACCGGAUCAAAUCGGAUAUGCAACCAUGAUUAAUUGCUAUGGCUUAAAUGGAAUGGGCAUUCAAGCAAUUGAACUUUAUCGUCAAAUAUCAUCAGAAUUGGUUAAUGAAUCAGUUAAUGUUUCUGUUCUUAAUGCAUGUUCACAUUCGGGACUAGUUGAUCAAGCGCGGUGUAUUUUUCGAAAUAUUCAUAUGAAAAGUGAGAGAAUUUAUACUACAAUGAUUGACUGUCUUGCUCGUGCAUCUUGUUUCGAUGAAGUACAACAAUUAAUUGAUGAAUACGAACGUUCUCAUUCACCAGUAGCACCUAUGUACAUGGCGUGGUUAUCAGGUGCUCGUAAUAUAAAGAAUAGUCCUAUGGCCCAAAAAGUUUAUGAUCAGAUGAAGAAACUUUUUCCUGAUUUAACAGAUUCAUUAACAUCAGCUUCGAUUCUUCUUGCUAAUGUUUAUGGAUCAUCAGGUGAUAUUGACAAAGCAACAGAUAUUCAAACUCAAUUAUAUCAAUCAGGAGCAAAGAAAAAGGUUGGUCUUUCGUGUACUGUCGUCGAUGGAGAAACCUAUGAAUUUCGAGCUCAUGAUCAAUCUCAUCCUCGAUCAUCCGAAAUUCAUGGUGAAGUUGAGAAAAUGUCUAAACAGCUUAUUGAACAUGGCCAUAAAUAUGAUUCGAGUUCGAUUACACGACCAUUGAAUAAGGGUGAAACUAUAGCAUCAGUACUUUGUGGUCACAGUGAGAGACUUGCAAUUGCAUGGAAUUUCGUUGCCCAUCCCGAUACAUCACGAAUUCAAGUAACAAAAAAUCUUCGUGUUUGUGGAGAUUGUCAUCGCGCAACAAAAUUAAUAGCUGCUAUUCGGCAAUGCGAAAUAAUUGUUCGUGAUGCAAAUCGAAUUCAUUACUUCUAUACAAAUGGACAAUGUUCUUGCAAUGAUUAUUUUUAA